AUGCAAGCCGGGCCUUCACGGCUGCCGCGAGAGGUGGUGCCAACAUCGGACGAUGAGGAUCUCUUCUUCGUCUCGCAGUCGUCGGACAGGUACGGUUACACAAGCAACGACGAUCCUACCUUAGAAGACGAACGUCUAGCUCGCGUGGCCGCCGCGCAGCCUCCGACUCCACCUCAGCGGCAGCUUCGAGCCCGAAAAGCCGCUCAGCUCAAUCCUUACACGAUGGAAGCCAUGCGCUACCAACGGGCUCUGAUUCGCAACGACUGGCAAGAUGCCGUAGUGAGCCAAAGAGAAUGGCAUCGUCAAGAGCGCAAACGACUUGCCGAAGAGGCUGCUCGGGCUCGGCGCGAGGUCCAAGGCGCUCAAGGCUCGGAAGAGUCGCAGAGUCAAUGGCUCGUCCCCAGCUCCGGACCAAGCUCGCAAGCAGACCACGAGGAUCCUUCUGCACCGCCUUCUCCAUCUGUCCCACCGAUGCCCGAAGUCUUUGUUGAGAUUCCGGCACUCGACGAAAUUGCUAGGCCUCGGCGAAUGUCUCCUUCACCGUCACAGAGCGGAAGAUUGCCAGAGCUGGCAGAGAUGCUCGGUCAAGCUUCCAAGAACGCCGCCCUCCUUCCAAAUCGCAAGACGACAGAAGCCUCGAAAAGCGCUACAUACAAAGGCACGAGAACUAUCGCUCGCAACGACGAUACUAACAAAGCAGUGCGACCACACGACUCCGGGUCUUUGCGCAUCGAUGAAGACGAUGCUGCACCAAUUCCAGCACACACUCGCCGAAAGCCUACUCUGCGUGACACAUCACCAACGGAUAGCGAAGCAAAUAUCGCUGCAGGAGGCCGAAACUCGACAACCCACGAGAGUUUCAUUGUAGAAUCCUCCGAAGACGAGAGACCGCAACCCGUGCCAGCUGUCCCCAGGCCAAAGCGAAGAAGCCGAUGGUCUGGUGACGGUUCAAGCAGCGACAGCACCGACUACGAGCGCCGCUUCCGCCAACUGAAAAGGAUGAUGCCUGCCGGCAUGGCGCGCAAACACAUCCGUGACCUCAGAGCAAUGAGGCACGGAAAGGCAUACCACUCUGAUGGCCACGUGUCCUCUUCCUCUAGUACCAAAGGGCAAGUUGAUACAGCCCGACGCGAUGAAUCGCGAACGCAAGCUCGGUCUGCCAAUGCAGUCCAGAUUUCAGACGACGAAGACUUGCAGCCAGGCCAAACAAGGAAGCGACUUCGACGUCACGACAGUCUCGACGGGGGCAACAAUGCCUUGCUGCUAGACCCCGACUCGGAUUCGUCUUCGUCCUCGUCCUCGGCAUCGUCGCUGUCGUCUGGUCCAUCAACCGAGUUUCCAAUCACUGGCACGACGCUUUCCAAUGGGGACCGAGGGGUGGAGGAGCUUGACGAAACGCCCGCGCCAUGGUGGUCAGUGGACCGCUUCGAUUCAUACGUUCCGUAUCGCGAAAGGGACGCGAUUGACCGAAUGCUGAGCCGAGCUGGCGGGCGUCAGCAAAGCAGUAAAAUGACCAGUCGCAGAGCGCACGAUGUCUCUCAGCAUCGACAGGCUCGGUUGGACGGCUUCGUCUCCACCGUUCGGCAUCGCGAGCGCGCGACAGGCAUUUCCCGAUCGCAUUUGCGUGAGAUUGACCAGAAUCAGCAUCGUCGCCAAGGCUCAACGAUUCACGUCAGCGACAAAGAUGCUCAGCACCAUUUAUCGAAGAGGAAAAAGAAGCGCAGAAAGAUGGAUCCGAGAGUCGGGCGGACGACAACCGGCUCGGGUACUGCAAGAAGUUCCGUCUUACCACUAAAUCCACCCGUGAUCCGUCCACGAGCACGACCACGGCUUGACCUGGAAGACCACGACGUGCUCUUUGCCUUCCAUCCAGCUUCAGCUCGAUGUGCGACAACCUACGCAAACCCUGACCAAGCAGGUCAUCAUGAGCACGAGCGAGACGAUGAUGAAGAAUGGCAGGUGCUCAGCCAUGUCAUCAGAGAUUCGACACCGGACCCUCUGCCGGACGCCCGUCUUGCUGUCCCUAGGAAUCGCAACGGCGCGAAUACAAUCGCAAGAGCGCGUCAAGCACCCUUCCUAUCCGCGACCCUUGAAGCUGUGGCGUCGCCGAUCCGAGGCCUGGGUGCAUCUCCGUCGACAUCUUUAGCAUCUGCUGGUCUGCUCAAAGAUGGCGCAGUCAGCGAUCGUAGCCCCGGCACCCCGACAAGGCCAAGAUUCGAGCUGCCUUCACACAAUGCGGCGCCAAUACGCUCCAACCCUGUUCAGAACUCCAACAUAGCCUCACUAAGCGCAGAUGACGAUUGUCCAAGCGGUGCCUGGGACGACUUUGAAGGCAUCAGCUUGAAUUUCGGCAUUAGCCCUCUGGCAGGCGGGAAGCGUCUCAACGUGACCGACUCGGCACUGCUCGCUCGUCUUCCAGAUCUCAUCCUGCUGCCGGAUCGACUGCUGCGUCAAGAGAACAUACCUCGGACUUGGCUGAGCGAGGUUCUGCGCCUCGAAGAUACGAUACUGGAAGCAGAUAUGGAUCACAAUACACUCGCCAGCAAGCUGCCCUUCUUCAUCGACAACCUCCGACUAGAGAUCGGUCGUGCCUUGGAUGGGGGCGGAAACGCAUCGGACAUUGAUGCACGGCGACACGCGAGGAGCCUCAUUUCUGACACUGGCGCUUUUCUUGGAUGCUGGAUGGUGCGUCAAGCCCAAAAGGCCGCGGAAGGAUGUUGCGACUUUGCUUCCAUUUUCCGCAGCUAUCGUACGAUUCUAGAAAGGGCUGAGCAGCUGCAAGCUUCUGUGCUUUCACAAAGUGACUCUACGCAUUCGAAGGCGUCGGGCGAAGAUCGCAAAUUGAUCUGCUUGCAAUUGGCGUGGAUGCGUUUCGAGCUUUGCUGGCGAGCAAUGGCCAUCUGUGACGCAGACGCGAGCAACGCCCUCGAAUCUGACGCUCCGACGGUGGAAAGCUUGUUGUCUUACGGACGGACGUUGAUGGCGUUGCUGCUGCAUUACGGUCUUCAUCGAUCGAUUCGAAACCUGCGGAAAGCAGCCUCGACAGGCCGUUCUACCGCCAACGGGAGCACUCUGGCGAUGGAGGUGGAUCAGUACGAAGAGACGACCGUGACCGUGGAUGAGCCAACUACGAUAUGGCUCGCCGCCAUUCACCUUUUCAGCUCGUUCGAACAGAGCCGUGGCAUAACGGACGGUCGCCUUUUCUGGAUGCAGUUCGAAGCUGCCUUUCAGCGAUGGGACGAGUCGAUGCCGAAGAGAGCGCCUCUGCUACGUUCUGAGAGUCUCUGGUACUGUCUCUUUGCCCUCGAAACCAUGUCGCAAAUCUCGGCCGAUGGGCAAACACAAUCUGGGCCAUCGCUUCGUGAAUGCUGGCCUCUGGUCGCGAGAGCGCUGUCCUUCGUCGACUUCCGAUUAGACGAAAGCAAGGAAAUGACUAUGGGCUGGCACUUGCUUGCAAAGCGGGACGCGUAUGUCCGCAUCGUGUUGCAACGGUGCUGUCUAUUGACAUCCGAGUGGCACUGGAGGAUGGAAGGUGCCGAGGUGACGCUUGCACGCCUGUUUGACAUAUUCAACAGUCAUAAGCUUGCUGACUUGCCUACCGAGACCGCACACAAUUUCCCGGUGUUCCUGCGCUACUUCGAUGUCGACAGGCUGUCCACCGCUGAUGUGGCUGGAGCAGAGGCGAUGCAAGAUCCGAGCUUCCACCUUUUCGUGAGACUGCUUGUCCGUGCAGGUCAAGAGCUGCGCAAUAAUGCUAUCGAUGCAAAGGAUGGCGACCGCCGCAUCUCUCGAUUGUUCUCGAGGAUGACGCCAGUCCGCGUGAUGCCAUUCACACGGAACGACGUUCCGACAAACUCGCAGCGCUCGGUUCUUUUCAAUCACUACACCGUCGUCAUGCUUUUCCUGCAUUUGGUGCCGACAUCUUCGCCUCAGCGUCUUCGACAGAUCCAGAGCUUUCUUCCUGCCUUCAAGGAUGCCGAUUUUAUCAGCCAGGUCACCUGCGUACGAGCUAUGAUGUACGUUGCCGUCAUCUUUCGCCAUCACCAGCUAGGUUUAGAUUCGGUCAUCAAGUGGUUCGGAGAGACGAUCACCGCACUGCGUCGCGAAUACGAGCAUAUCGAAUCGAGCACCAAACAAUUUGAACGGCAACAAUUGCGACAAUCAAUGCAACAUGCAUCUCGGCCCGAUGCAGUCCGUAUGGCAGACAUCUUUGAGAACGCUCCCGCUCGACAGGCGGCUCUCAGGAGGAAGGAAGAGAUGGCCAAGCUGCUUGUUGUGUCUUUGCGAUCCAUUCAGCAUGUUAUUCGACACCAAGACCUUUAUGGAGACAAACACAGCACACGUAUGUCGGAGCAAAGACUUCCGGAUCAGCCACUUCUCUCUCCUGCCUGGACACAGGAGAUGCUCGAAGCACAGAUCUCGCUUGAACCGCGCAUUGGACAGGAAGCACUGAAAUGCAUUCAGACGUUCCUCCUGGCUCGCAUGCGCGCCUUGCAGCCUGCUAGGAAGGCCACGGGCUCGUCAAGCACCGAUCACGAUGAGAGCAACCAGCCUCAAUUAGCGAUCGGCCAGCAACAGCAAAACAAGGAUCAAAGGCGGGACGAGGAGAGUCAAGACAGCUUCGCGGAGUUGUUUGAUGCAGACGACGAUUUUGAUUUUGAGGACCCGCUCUUGGCGCGACUUUUGGACGGAGCCGACACUAACAACGCUGGUGUUAGCGGAAGAGGCGAGCUCGAGAUGCAAGCCAAGGAAGCGCUAGUGGCCGUCUCUACCGCCGCAGAUGUCGUUGAAAAGAAGAAAUGGGACCGUCAAUUUGGCGAGCUCGUCAAGACCACCAUUUCGCCCUCGCUGUUUCAGCUCUUGUCCAACAUCUACCAUCCGGAUCGGAGGCUGGAAGCCGCGACCGCUGGGUCUGUCGUGAUGAGUCUCGGUGUCACACAGCGACUCGACGAAUUGCCAGCUGGUGGCGGCGACGCUGGCCGUAGCUCCACAUCUUCGCGCAGCCGAAUGGACCGAUUGCUCAAGACGGCCGAAGCUCGACAGUAUCUGGAGCUCGUAGUGGACUGCUGGGCAGGAUGCGCACAUGUGCUGGUGACCAAUGGACUCAGGGAAUGGAGCUCGUACCUCGGAUAUGGAAACGAGUCGUGGAAACGUAUCGACGAUGCCAUUGGAAGAAGAGACGUAGCGCUCAGAUUCCUGCAGAAUGUCGUCAGCCUGGAUCCCACGGCGGUCCAGAGACGCGAGUAUGAGGUCGACUUCUUGGCUGUCUGGACCCAGACAGCGGUGGCCAGGGUGCUUUCGGUACAGGAUGUCUAUACGCAGUCGUUGAUGGACGCGAUAGACAAAACGAAGGUAGCACCGAGUACGCUGCUGUCGAGUUUGGCGGAGCGAUGGAGAAGCAUCAUCAGCGGAACAGCGCCGGCUACAGCAAUAGACACAGCAGGAAUGGACUCAAGAUUGGAACCGACAGAGCCAGUCAGCUCAAAUUUUGACCUGGACUCGUUCACACGACACCGUUCAGAUUUGCUCAGAACGACAUACAGCGUCCUCGCCUCGGCGCUAAGCAACAACACGACAAGCACAGGGACCGUGUACUCGAUUCUAUCCGCCUUGCUUUCCGCCGUUCGCACUUAUGUCGACGACACACCGGUGGACGACGGCAGCAAGAGCGGCAAGAUGGCUGCAGCGGGCUAUCUGACGUUCUGCAAAGGGACGCUCGAGGACGUCGAGGCGAUUAUGGCAGGGACGAGGGUGAUGGACUCGAUGCGUGGAGAGUACGGAGCGGCGGUGGCGGCGGUCAAGACGCGACUGGAGGAGCUGAAUGAGACGGGGAUAUUGUGA